AUGUGCUUUGACGCAGCGUGUCAAGCAGCCAUGGACAGAGCAUUCCUGACCGCCACGACCAUCCCCCUACUGGGCCUGGCGGGCGCUGUCGCGUACAAGUACCGGCCAGCGGCUUGGCAGAAAUCUGAGGGGAAGCAGGUGAUAGAGGACCCGGGGACGGGGGCGGUGUUUGAGGGGAAGGCGGGUGCGCGGCCGGAGCUGGACCGGCGGGGGCAGCUGGCGUGGCGCGCGCUCUCGUACCAGCAGUGGCCCGUCGAGGCCGGGUCCGAGGGCGACCGCGUGCGAAUCCAUGUCGGCCCUGUCAACGCCCUCGAGCCCCGCACCUUCGUCUUCACCAGGACACUAUCGCAGCCGAGCAAGGUGCUCGGGGUGAGCCUGCCGCGGCCGAUGGGGGUGGUGCUGGAGGAGGACACGCGCCGCGGCCGAGUCGUCGUCGGCGGCUUCCUCGAGGGGUCCGUCGCCGAGAAGCGCGCCAAGGUGGCGAAGCUGAACCGGGUGCUGGAGGACAGCAGCGUGAUGGCGGGGGAUGUGCUGCGCGGCUUCACCUGCACCAAUUUCGUCUACCAGACGCAGGCACUCUUUGGGGCCAAGGCGCCUCAGAGGACCAUCGUGCUGUACGGAGCCGACAAACAGAAAUGG